GCGGCACAAUUGCGGUGGCAAUCGAUGUAAAUAAAACGCAAAAGUAGUGUCCUUUUAAGCAGACGCUCUCUUCUCUCUUCUACUCUCCUCCUGCAUUCUCCUCUUCCUUCGUUCUCCAGAUUCAGUUAGGCUUGCUCGUUCGUUCAUGGUGGAUCUCUGACGAAGAGAUGGGAAAUGCAAACGGAAGGGAGGAGGGAGCCAACGUAACCGACGAUCCGUUGGGAAGAUCCAACGGCGAUUCGCGGGCAAACUACGGUUCUAAUUCGCACCCCGUGGCGAUAGUGCCUUCUUCGGAUUCCAUGGCUAAUAGUCCUCCCUCCAGUCCUCGGCGCUCCCGAUCCCCCCUCUUGUUCGCUCCUCAGGUCCCUGUACCUCCUUUACACAGGGGUGAUGGUGGUUCUCCAUUUUACAACCAAGUACGGCGCCAUGAAUCUCAUGGAGCUGCUGCUGCUACUGCUAAUCCAUCAGAACGAGGAAUACCUGUCAUCGUUACUUGGAAUUAUGGUGGUAAUGAUGUGUCAGUGGAAGGGUCUUGGGACAAUUGGACGUCGAGGAAGGCACUGCAGAGGUCUGGUAAGGAUCACUCGAUUCUUUUGGUCCUUCCAUCUGGUAUGUACCAUUACAAGUUCAUUGUGGAUGGGGAAUGGAAAUAUGUUCCAGAUCUUCCUUUUGUAGCUGAUGAAGCGGGCCAUGUCUGCAAUCUUCUUGAUGUUAAUGAGUACGUGCCAGAGAAUCUGGAUAGUGUGGCUGAGUUUGAGGCACCAUCAUCACCGGAAUCUGCUUACAGUCAGGCAUUUCCAACAGAAGAAGAUUACGCCAAGGAGCCGCAUAUUGUUCCACCCCAGCUGCAUCUGACAGUCCUUGACAUGGAUAAUCAAGACGAAGCAUCCUCUUCAAAGCCUCAGCAUGUUGUGCUUAACCACCUGUUCAUAGAGAAAGGAUGGGCAACACAAUCCGUGGUUGCCCUGGGACUGACCCAUCGGUUUCAGUCAAAAUAUGUCACUGUUGUCCUCUAUAAGCCACUCAAAAGGUAACCUGCCUAAUGUAAUGCAUGACUUUGUAAAGGAAAAAGAUGGUUUUAACGAAGUGAAACCGUUUGCCAAGGUGGCCCUGUUUAUAGAGAAGUGGUUGGCCGGUUGGCCCUAAACAUUGCCUUGUUUGUUUUCUCAAACUCCAAAAUAUUUGUUUACCUUCGACUAUUUUGCUUACUGUAACUUUUUUUUUCCCAUUUUCCAAGGAGUGCAGGGUUAUGAAAGCACAUUGUUGUAUAGUUUCUGGGCAUAUUUUUUCAGUCC